AUGGAUGACAUUGAAGACAUGAUUAGUGAGGAAGAGAUGGACCGCACAGCCGUGAGUUCCGUACGUACGCAGAUGGUGAUGUCGAGGUCUUUAUUUCAACCGACAUCAAUGAACAGCACAACCAGCAGCAGCAGCAGCAGUAGCUCCAAUGUGGAUGCAAAGGAGGAGGAGACUGGUGUUCCAGGUACUCAGCUCAUUUGGAUCAAAACGUAUGGCUGCUCGCACAAUGUGAGUGAUUCAGAAUACAUGCAGGGUGUACUAGCUAGCUACGGUUACCGUUUCACGCAAGACCCGGACGCAGCACAGCUUUGGCUACUCAACAGCUGCACAGUAAAAGACCCGUCUCAAGCCGCUUUCAUGCACUUGGUCAUCAAGGGUCGCAAGCAAAAUAAGGCCGUAGUUGUGGCUGGAUGUGUACCACAAGGCGAUAGACACCUUAAGGGCUUAGAGGACGUUAGCAUUGUGGGCAUCCAGCAAGUGGAUCGAGUUGUGGAGGUUGUAGAGGAGACGCUUAAGGGUCACACAGUGAGACUUUUGUCCAAGAAUCGACUACCGGAACUAGACUUGCCCAAGAUUCGUAAAAACCCUAUGGUGGAGAUAAUUCCGUUGAGUACAGGCUGUCUGGGCGCGUGUACGUACUGCAAGACACGUCAUGCUCGUGGCAAACUUGGAAGUUAUACGGUCGAAGCGAUUGUUUCGAGAGCGCAGGCAGUGAUUAAUGAAGGUGUAACGGAGAUUUGGCUGUCAAGUGAAGAUACAGGAGCUUAUGGUAUCGAUAUCGGCACUGAUUUACCCACACUCAUGCGCAAGUUGCUGGAAGUUGUGCCUGAAGGUAUCAUGCUCCGUGUAGGUAUGACCAACCCCCCGUACAUUCUGGAUCAUCUAGAUGCAAUUGCAGAAGUGCUGAACCAUGAUCGAGUUUACUCGUUCCUGCAUGUGCCUGUGCAAUCUGGUAGUGAUGACGUACUGCUGGCUAUGAACCGCGAGUACACUGCGGGCGAAUUCCGUCGUGUUGCUGACGAAAUGCUUGCUAAAGUCCCGAAUCUUACGCUGGCGACUGACAUUAUCUGCGGUUUUCCUACAGAGACCGAGGAACAUUUUGACGAGACAAUGGAGCUUGUUGAGAAAUACCGCUUUCACAUUAUGAAUAUUUCACAGUUUUACCCUCGACCAGGAACACCGGCAGCUAAAAUGAAACGUGUCCCGACUCAGAUAGUCAAGAACCGCAGUCGUAAGCUUACUAAGCUCUUUGAAACGUUUGAUCCGUACAAACAUCUUGUGAACACGGCACAAAAGGUAUGGGUAAAUACCGAAGUUUCGGAUGACAAGAAGUCUACUGUAGCACACACGAAGAACUACACCAAAGUUUUGCUUCCCCGUGAUGAUUCUCUCAUCGGGUGUUCGGCGGUAGUACGUGUCCUUGCUGCGGCGCGCUUCCACAUUACUGGUGAAGUGAUUUCACGUUCUCAGCCUGCUACGAUAGCGGCAGCUGUCAUGUGCGAGCAGAUCCGGACUGAGGGUGUUUUGUCGGCGGCGGACCGAUCUAACGCUUUGUCCAAGGCGAAGAUUGCAACUGCCUCCUCUGACAAUAGUGACGGCAACUGUGAUGGUAAUGGUCAAGACCACUCGCACAACGACGAUGAUCGCGAUGGUGGUCACCUGUAUGGCGAAGAAGGAUGUUGUGGCAGUAGUGGACCGUGCUGCUCUUCUGGCGGUAAUGACACAGGAGGCAAGUCUAGCAUAAAGUCAAAGAAGAAGAGAACGAUAGCCAAGGAGCUUAUAUGGCAGAAGAAACUUGUAGAUUCAAGUGUAGCUGGUGAAAACGGAAUAUCAUCUUCACUCAUGACAGUCCUAGCGACCAAGUGGAAUGAAGUGCGUGACGACAAGGUGGCGUUAGCGGCGAUUACUACACUGAUAGUGUCAGCGUCCAUUAUUGCAGCUCGUGUGUUUACACGCAAAUAG